AUGUCGGAUACUAAUCUUUCUUUUCUUGAUUCAAAUCAAAGCCACCUUCCCCAAUCAAAAAUCUCUGAGCUUUUUCCAGCAACUUGUACUUCAGAGAAGAUUGGAAAGGAAGAACCUGUGGUUGCAGAUGGGACCCACGCGCCGUCGGAGUGGAGGAAGUUUCGCGGCGUCAGGCGGCGGCCAUGGGGGAAGUUUGCAGCUGAGAUCAGAGAUCCGGCAAAGCGGGGUGCUCGGAUAUGGCUGGGAACGUAUGAGUCGCCGGAGGAUGCAGCUUUUGCUUAUGAUCAAGCAGCGUAUAAGAUACGUGGGUCUCGGGCUUUGCUUAAUUUCCCGCAUCUGAUAGGCACCAACAUGGCGGAGCCGGUGAGGGUGACUGCAAGGCGGAGGAGUAUCAUGGAGGCUGUGUCUCCGCCGCUGUCGUUGUCAGAAGAAGGUGGUUUAAAGCGAUGUAGAACAGGUAGUGGCGAUGAUGCUACGACGGUGGAUGAUUUUGUUAGUAGGCCAUGUUAG